AUGGCGUCGGUGAAGCUCCCGUGGGAUUUGGAGGAAGAGAUAAUCUCUCGUCUUCCACCUCGAUAUCUACUUCGGUUCAGAAGCGUCUGUAAACAAUGGAACUCUGUUUUCAACGACCAGAGUUUCCUCGAAAACCACAUGGGUCGUUCCCGUCCCCAGUUGAUAUUUCUGACUGAAUCCAAGUCUUUUUCGAUAGGCAUCGAUCUCGGCGGCGGCGGCGGCGUUGAUCCGAAGAUAGAGGUGUGUGAGCUAGCCUCUGAUUUUCCUAAUCAGACUAAGAAUGCGAGAAUCACCAGCAUCACGGCUUGCGACGGAUUAUUGUUUCGUCACUUUUGGGAGAAAGGGGUUGCGAUUUGGAAUCCGUGGUUGAGACAGGUUGGAUGGAUCGAGUACGAGGAUAAAGCUUUCGAACUUUGCGGUGUAGGAUACGACAGUAUUGGGUACAAGAUCUUGGGGCGUUUUCACUGUUUACGUUCAGACGGCGACGGUUGCCAAAGAGGUUACGACAGAUUUGCGAUUUACGACUGUGCUUCUCAGGCGUUGAAGUUUAUUGAUUCCCCUCUCACGCGGUGGUCUACCAGGGCGGACCCUAUGUCACUGAACGGAAAUUUGUUCUGGAUUGGUUACAGCGGCGAGACUCGUAAGCAUGUCAUUCAAAGUUUUGAUUUUUCCAUGGUUACAUUCAAAGAAAUUUUUUGUCUCCUGCCGUGUGAGAAGAUGCUGACUGUUAAUCAACUUAUCCUCGCGGUUUUCGAGGGGGGUCGGCUUUCCUUGUUGAAUCGGAACUAUGUAACAGGGAAGAUUGAGAUUUGGGUAACGAAUAACAAGGUGGUUGUUGAUAAAGGGGAACAAGUGGUGUGGGUAAACUUGAUGACUUUCCCAACAAGUAACUUACCAAUCUUAAUUAAUAAGUUGUGGGGCAUCAUGUAUUUUAUCUUUGACAAGACCCUAAUCAUGUGUUGGAGCGAAGACGAAACUGGAGAUGUUUGCAUCUAUCUUGUGAGGGAAGAUGUGUUCAAGAAGAUUUCAAUGGGUUCUGGGAGUGUUCUUCGGUAUUCGCACUGUGUCUAUGUUCCAAAUCUGAUCCCGGUGCCUUUAGAAUUCAGAUCACUGCAAGUGUAUUAG